ACCAUCCAAGCCUUCAAGUUUCUUUGACUAAGAAAAUGUGAAACUGUCAUGCAAAUACCACACAAGACGACUAUUUUCACAUCCCGCCAUCCGCUUUUAUUAUCUGUUUAAGGAACUUUUAAAGCCUUGAAGACUGUUUUCUGAAAAGAAUGUCCAUGGAGCUUUUACGCAAGUACCUCUGGUUGUGGGCGAUUCUUGGGAGUAUUUCUGUGUCUUUGGUCAUCGCCAUCGUCUUCGUCUGCAUCAACCGAUGGUUAUCAAGACAAGGCAGACUCAGAAUCACACAGCUUCACAGGAACAAGUCUGACUUAACUAUCAAAAGCAACACAUACCAGGUUGAGACGCCGCCUUUACCUUCUCGGACACAGUUUCUCACAGCAGCGGCCCCAAGCUAUGAAAAUCUGGCUGAUGAACACAACUAUGAGGAGGCCGAGCCUGUGUGCCAGGUAGCCAUGCCCAAAUACCAGGAGUCCACGUUCAAAUACCAGGAGUCCAUGCCCAAAUACCAGGAGUCCACGCCUGUGUACCAGGUGACCACGUCCAAAUACCAGGAGUCCAUGCCCAAAUACCAGGAGUCCACGCCUGUGUACCAGGUGACCACGUCCAAAUACCAGGAGUCCAUGCCCAAAUACCAGGAGGCCAUGUCCGAUUACGAGGAGCCAAUGUCCGAUUACGAGGAGGCGUCGGCCGGAUACGAGGAGGCGUCGCCCGAUUACGAGAAUCCAACACCUGACUAUGUAAAGGUGGAGGCUGAGGUGAGGAUUCUUCCUCCACCUUACAGGAAAACAGAUGAAGAAACAGACGAUGCGUCCACUGAGGACUACGACGACAUCGAUGGUGAAGACGAUGAUGAAGAGGAUUACGACGAUGUGGGAUAAAAUGGCGUUUAAAGGGGAGAGAAUAUCCUUUUUAAAGAAUUACUUUUAAUUGGACUUUUUACUUUCAUAUCUGUAUCCUGCUGAGCAGAGAGAUCAAAACAAAGGUAUUUUGACUGUGGUAUUAUUUUAAUAUUAUCCAUGUUUUUUCAGAAAAUAAGACGCUAUUGUGGCUGGAGGCAUUAGCUUAGCAUAAAGGCUAAAAGUAGAGGGGAAACCACGUCAACAGCUCCAUUGUUGUCCAGAAACUAUUGAAAACACACAAAUGGCCUGCACUGUUUCACAUAAGAGAGAUGUAUGUAUUUAAUGUGUGAGACUAGAGAUGCAAAAAUUAUAAAUAAAGUUUACUGUACAUUGUA